AUGGCAGAAAAUGCAGCUCAAAGUCGACAGAAAGCAUAUGCUGAUAAUCGGUGUCGACCUUUAGAGUUCCAAGUAGAUGACUGGGUAUUCUUGAAGGUGUUACCUAUGAAGGGCGUCAUGAGAUUCGGCAGAAAAGGGAAGCUUAGUCCGAGAUACAUCAGGCCUUAUCAGAUUGUCCGUAAAUUAGGCAAGGUUGCCUAUGAAUUGGAUCUACCAGCUGAUUUAGACGCAGUACAUCCGGUGUUCCACGUGUCUAUGCUUCGUAAAUUCAUUGGCGAUCCUUCCAGAGUAUUUCCCGUACAGGACAUUCAGGUGACCAAAGAGCUAUCUUGUGAGGAACAGCCGGUGGCUAUUUUAGAUCAUCAGGUAAGGAGAUUACGCACCAAAGAUGUGGCAUCUGUCAAAGUAUUAUGGCACAAUAAUCACCGAGAAGAAAUGACGUGGGAGGCUGAGGAAGAAAUAAAGAAGAAGUAUCCUCAGUUGUUUUCUGCACCCACAGGUAACCUAAGUUCAUUAUUUACCUAUAUUGGUUAG